ACGUUUCCUACCCGAACCGAAGGUAGCGUCAAGAAGCAUUGGUACAAGGACAUGCACUACGCGGAGUUCGCAGAGGAUGAGAGUCAAGCCUUGAUGAACGCCAUUAAGGAGUACGAGAACAACAAAUGGAAGGUCAUUGGCCAGAAGGUUGGAAAGCCAGCAAAGGCGUGCGAACAAUACGCCAAAGAGCACUUCCCAGAUCUUUUCGCCAAUCAGGCCAAGCGCACCUAGAACAUCCCAGCGUCAGUUCGAGGCCGAGAUAUGGUAUCUGCUGAAAAACUCAAAAAUGUUUUCCCGAAGCCUGGAACUUGACAGCACUGCUUGCCCCACCCGUGGCUACCACAUGAUCACCCCCAACACUUUACUGUAUGACGACUUCGACCUCCUCGCCCUCCCCCCACCCCCUCCUUUCUCUCCCCUUUCUCUCCCCCAUCUUGAUCUCGGGCUCUGGGCUGCCCUCGAUCGGCGCCAUCCUCGUAUCACAAGGAGGAAGAUGUGGGGUCAGAUGUUGGUUUUUUGUUUUUUUUUGCCAACCGCGCUGCGGCGGGCCGUCCGACUGAAGGAAAGGAGACGAACUUUAUUUUUUUUCUUUAUUCGUUUUGUGUGCCUCUGGGAUAAGGUUCUGUCUACCACGAAUAUGAUACCACGGAGAUGACGAAGGCGGAGUUGCGCUCUGCCACGGCUGUUGUCUUGAUCGGCUGCGGAAACCUUUCGGAGCAGGGACAGCCUGCAAGGUCGUGUGUGCUGUUCGACCUGUGGAUGUGACGGAGGGGCCGGGGGAUAACGAUGAGGGCCAAAGAGUAAUGGAUAUGCAGGGCCACAUGUGUUUUCUUGAUUUGUUGUUGUUGUUAUUAUUAUUAUUAUUAUUAUUAUUAUUAUCUUUGGAGGGAAGGGACGUGAAUUAGCAAUGUGUCUUCCGAGUGGGAGGCCGAGAGUUGGGAAGAUUGAUAUAAGCGUCUAGUUGACGGUGACGAAGAGAUCGGUACAGAAAAGGUGGAGGUUUAUCUGCUAAUAAGGACGUCGAUUUCCCACAAACACGCUUUCUCAGAGAAGAAUGGAGAAAACAGACCCUUGAUUCACGUUC